UGCACGGUACUGUGUGGGCAGAGAGCCGGUGAGAGCAGAGUAGACGAGUCAAGAAGAAGGGGCAGGGCUCGAGGGUGGAGGUGGAGCUGGCGAGCUGUCGGAAUCGUGCGCUGAACCGUGUCGUCGCGGCGAUCAGCGAGCGAAAUUGCCGACAGUGAUUUGCAAAUCGAUAUAUUCAUGUCUACGAGAAGUGGAUUCUUGUUGGGGAUCUCGUUGGAUAAACGUCCUGUGAUAGACAGCUACCUCGAGGUGUCUCGUGGGCACUCGUCGAGACCUUGCACUGCGUGGAAUCGAUCCCACACGAUGGAGAAUCGCUCGUCUCAGUCUGGGGUUCCCGGCCCACGCCCGAAGAACGAUACCCUUUCUGCGCUGAAAGGCGUUUGGACGCGGGAGCAAGAGGUUCUGAAGUCGAGAUUGGUGUUGCAGGAUGAUUUCUCUUGGGCAUUGGGUGCUAAGGUUUCCGACUCGAAUGAAUCAUUGGACCUGAAGAUAUCUCCUGAGAAUGAAGGAAAUCGUCUACGUUAUGUCGGAGGGGUCGAUCUCAGUUUUUCCAAGAGCGACCCAUCAUUCGCUUGUGGUGCCCUCGUGGUCUUGGAUUUCGAUUCUCUGGAAGUUGUGUACGAGGAUUUUUGCACCGUGCAACUGACCAUGCCCUACAUCCCUGGCUUCCUUGCUUUUCGAGAGAGUCCUGUAAUCCUGAACCUUCUCGACCGCGUGGGUCGCAAGAAAAUAGACUUUUAUCCUCAGCUGUUGAUGGUGGACGGCAACGGUAUCUUGCAUCCGAGAGGUUUUGGCCUCGCCAGCCAUCUUGGUGUCCUAGCUGACAUCCCAACAAUUGGUGUUGGAAAAAAUUUGUUUCACGUCGAUGGACUAUCUGACGCAGAGGUCAGGCUUGAAGCCUCCAAGAGCGAUCUCCAUGCUGGAGAAACAGUUCCCUUGAUAGGAAAUAGUGGCCGCGUUUGGGGUGCGGCGAUGAGAAGUCACGAUGGCUGCAAAAAACCGAUUUUUAUCUCAUCAGGUCAUCGAAUAUCCUUGGAGACAGCGAUUGAUGUUGUGAAGCGUUGCUGUCGCCAUCGUGUUCCAGAACCUGUUCGGCAGGCUGACAUGAGGUCAAGAGAGCGGCUGCGAAUUUUGAACCAUCAAGCUGCAUAAGAGACAGUGGCUAGACCAAGUCUCGUCAACCUUCGACUCUGAUGAGUUCCUGUGGACUGUAAAUACGAUUCGCAUUGAUCUCAUUCAUUCAUGUACAUGGCUUGUAAAAAAAUUUGGAGUGGAGAUACCAAGAUGUAAAGAAAUGAAAAGUGAAGAGUUAU